CUAAAUUUCUAAACCGAAAAAAAAGUCGUCUGAAACUCAAUAGGCAUAGAAGUUAAUAAUAUUUGUCCAUGGAAAAGAAGCAUCUUUCAACUAUUGCCAACGAUGUUAUUUGCAGAUGUGCCAAGAAGUUGAACACAGCUGUUGAUGAAUUAGUGCAUGAAUUUGAGGCUGGAUGGGAUCCUAACAUGGAGGGAUAUUCGAGGAAAUUAGUCGAGUUUUGCUGCUCCAAGGCCCUCACUGAUAUGUGUAGUAAGUUACAAGAAAUGAUCGAUAAUGGUGAUUUUAUCCGGUUCACGUUUGAUAUGAUGCUGGCAUGGGAAAUACCUAGUUCAACAGAAGAAGAGACACAUGAAGAGUCGUUGGCGAAAGAAAAAGAAGAGAAAAAAGUCGUUGCUGAGAUGACUAAGGAACAAGAUGACAUCCCUUUGUUCUACUCGGAUCUCUUGCCGUUCCUUGUUGAUCAUAAACCUAGUGUUGGAGAGCAUGCUUUCUUGUGGCUGGCGACACUCGUAAAUUUAGUAGGUGAUUUUGUUAACGGAAGAUGUACUUUCGAGACUCUCACAGCACCUACAGAAAAUCGAAUGCAUUUUCCUGCUUAUAACAUAUUCUUGAAGGAGAUUAUAAAGUGCAUAAAGCAUUUGGAGAAACAAGCAACUCCAACGAGUGUGGAAAUGAGAGAUGACGAGUUUAUUAUACAUGUAGAAGGAACUGCAAGUUCACAAAGAAUAGUGCGCCAUAUUGGAGGGACAAGUUGGCCUGGUAGGCUGACAUUAACAAACUAUGCCCUGUACUUCGAGGAAUCUGGAGUCAUUUCUUAUAAAGACGCUCUUAAGCUCAAUCUUUCGGAAGAUUUCGAGCAGAGUAUCAAACCUGCUGCUACAGGUCCAUGGGGUGCUCCGCUCUUUGACAAGGCUAUAGUUUAUAGUUCUUCUGAAUUGGAAGAAGCUGUUCUCUUGGAAUUUCCAGAAAUGACAAGCUCAACAAGGCGCGACCAUUGGCUUGCUCUUAUAAAGGAGAUUAUACUUUUGCAUCGGUUCCUACGGAAGUUUAAGGUUGAUUCACCUUCAGGAUCAUGGGAGAUGCACGCGAGGACAAUACUAGGAAUUAUAAGGCUUCAUGCAGCUAGAGAAAUGCUCAGGAUCUCUCCACCAGUUCCCAAGAAUUUCUUAAUUUUCGAUUUGCUAGACGAGUUACCAAAAGGAGAUUAUGUACUUGAAGAGCUUGCUGAGAGUCUGAAGAAACUAGACGUUGGACAUCCUUGUAGUGCUAGCUCAAUCUUGAGAAGCCUGAAUAUCUCCCGGAUGUCUGUUCCAGUCGAAAUGGUCAAAGAAAUGGAUGAUAGCAACCGUAUCCCUGGACAAACUGACAAUGUCUCGUCAUUGGGGAAUGCUAUCAAUCAAGCGAGAGAGGAAGCAAAGGAGAUUGAAAAGGCCAAAGCUACUGUUGAGGAGCUGAAAGGGGAAGGUAUGGGGAAUAGUGUCCAGGUUCUUAUGGGUCUUAUCAAACAGCUCGGGAGGUUAAUGCCUUAUAUUCAAGAGGUAUUAACAUGGGAACGACCUCUAUGCACCUCCAUUUUUGUCCUGACAACACUCAUAGUCAUAUAUAUAGAGUGGAUUGGCAAAGCAAUAGCAGUUCUCUUGUUGGGAACAGUUGCUACGAUGAUAUGGACAAGACGAAGAGGGGACGUACUAGAUAAGGCAAGUAAAAUAGUUAUCUACACUGGAUCUGAUCAUACAACGAUGGAAAACAUAGUGUCAGCACAACAUGGACUAAGAAAUGUCUACGACUUGAUUCAAAGCAUGAACAUAGUUCUACUGAAAAUCUGGUCCAUAUUUGUUUCAAAGGCUCCAAAGCAUGCAGAUUUAGUAAUGGCAGCAAUGGUUGUUGCUUCAGUGAUAUUAGCAGUGGUUCCGUUCAAGUUCAUUGUUAUGGCUUUGACGUUGUGCAUCUUUGUACAGACAUCAAAGAUUGGGAAAUACAUGGAAAAUGAGAAAGUAAAUAGGAGAAUAAAAGAAUGGUGGGACUCUAUACCUGUCGUCCCUGUCGAAAUUGUGGGGAAAAAUGUUGAUUCAUAAUAAUGGGAAGUUUUCCUAGUCAUGGAUGUAUAUAGAUCCCUUCAGUUUU